UUUUACAGGGGCAUAUAAGUACGAGUGUGUGCAUAAGCGUCAAGGUUUUGAAUACACUAAGAUUAUUGUUAAAUAUGAGAGAGAAGUACAAAUAGUAUUUGUUGGCUUUGAAAGCAUUUACCCUAGAGUAGGAAUCGAAUCCGUCGAGGUAAAUUUGCAGAGAUGAGAGGAAUACAUUUUCAAAUGAGCCAUAGCCAGCAGAAAAGGCUGGCCAGAGCUCAACAACAGUUGCUGCAAUCAGCCGCCAAAAUCCCUUCCUCCGUCUGCGUCAAUGUGGGCGACGCCAUUCCUGUUAACCACGAAGAUGGAAUUCUCAAAGGGCAUGGAACCAUCGAUGUCAAUGGCCAAGUCGUCGCUACGCUGUGCGGUGUGGUUGAGCGCGUCAACAAACUCGUUCUUGUUCGCACGCUCAGAGCCAGAUAUAAGCCAGAGGUUGGUGAUAUUAUAGUUGGUCGUGUGAUCGAGGUUGUCCCAAAACGAUGGAAAGUGGACAUUGGUUUUAAUCAGGAUGCUGUGCUAAUGCUUUCUGCCAUGACUUUACCUGAUGGCAUUCAGAGACGGCGCACAACUGUCGAUGAGUUGAACAUGCGAAGUGUAUUUGAAGAAAAUGAUGUUAUCUGCGCUGAAGUUCGUGGCUUACAGCAUGAUGGAAGCUUGCACCUUCAAGCACGGAGUGACAAGUAUGGCAAGUUAGAGAAUGGUCAGCUUAUUACAACCUCUGCUUAUCUUGUGAAGCGACGGAAGCAGCAUUUUCAUUUUCUUGAGCAAUAUGGAGUUGAUAUGAUUUUAGGUUGUAAUGGCUAUAUAUGGGUUGGUGCACACACUGAUCUGCAGAGUACUUCUAGGCAAGGAGAAGAGCCUGAUGUUUCAGGACAAAAAGAAUCCCAAUCAACUAUAAGCGAAGCCCUGAAUUCUGUAGAUGCAGUUGCAGGUAGGAAAAUCAGGGAAAACAUUUGCCGGCUUGCUAAUGCAAUUCGAGUGCUAUGUUCAUUGGGUUUCAGUAUUUCUGUUGAAUCAAUUCUUGAGACCUUGGAGGCGAGCAUUACUUGGAAUGUUGACAUAAAAGAUAUGCUUGGAGCAGAAUUCUAUGUCAGAAUUGCUGAGAGGGAAGCUGAACGCAGAAGCUCAAAAUCUAAUGUGUAAUCUGGAGGCUCUUUCAUUUGUUCUUAUUUUAAUGCAUGGUACAAGAAUUUCCCCUUAAUGAUGCAGCUUUCUUGGGGUCAGACAUAAGUUAUGAGUAAUAUUGACACUGAUUUUCUAUGUUUGAGCCUUUGUAAAGUUCAAGGGGUUCCAAAGAAAUGUUAAUGAGAGGUUUUUUGUGACUCAAUUCUCCUGGUCUUGAAUUCCUGCCGAAUUGGUCUGGGGUAGCCCCAUAAUGCAUGUUGGAAAUUAUAUGUCAAGUACAUUUGUCAGCAACCUCUCAACCAGUUCAGUUAGUACAAGUUUGAUUACCUCUGAUUAAUUGUUAAAAUCUGUAUUCCUGAAUGAGCAUAAACUGGUAUUCAAUCUUUUCUAGUGUAUUCACCAUUUGCUAUAAAGAGUUUAUAUCAAAGAGACGGGAGUACUAAUUUGAUCUCUUAAGUAUUA